UCAAAACCCUAGCUUCAAGUACUCCAAUUCUCCCUCAAAAUAUUUCUCCCAAAAUCUCUGAUCCAUUUAUCAUCAGAUUAUCCAAAACGAAAACUCAAAACACACAAAAUUUGAUCGCGAAUUUGAUGGGCACGAUCAUCAGACUUUCCAAAUCAAAAACCCCAAUUCCAAGGACAUCAUUUACUUCUACAACCAGCUCGUCCAUCUCCUCAACCAACACGGUAAAUGCGUCACAUGAAUUCAAGAUCACCGGAUAUGAGUCCUCGAAAGGGAUGGGUGUUGGAAAGUACAUAGCGUCGGAGUCUUUCACUGUCGGCGGACAUACGUGGGCGAUAUAUUUCUAUCCGGAUGGAAAGAGCCCAGAGGACAACUCAACCUACGUUUCUUUGUUUAUAGCGCUGGCGAGCGAUGCAACUGAUGUUAGAGCUUUAUUUGAGUUAUCGUUGAUGGAUCAGAGUGGGAAGGGAAGGCAUAAAGUUCAUACCCAUUUUGGGAGGGUGUUGGAUGCUGGUCCCUACACACUCAAGUACCGCGGAAGCAUGUGGGGUUACAAGCGUUUUCUAAGAAGAACUGUUUUGGAAACAUCAGAUUAUCUCAAGGAUGAUUGUCUUUUGGUUAAGUGCACCGUUGGUGUUGUUAAAUCAUGUACAGAGGGACCUCAGAUUUUCAGUAUAUGUUCACCACCAUCUGAUAUCUGUCAGCAUUUCGGACAUCUCUUGGAAAGUGGAGAGCUGACAGAUGUAAACCUCGAAGUUGAUGGGGAAGUGUUUCGGGCACACAAGUUAGUACUUGCUGCACGUUCUCCUGUGUUCAAAGCACAACUGUUUGGUCCAAUGAAGGAUAACAACACAGAGUGUAUUAAUAUACAAGAAAUAAAAGCUCCAGUUUUUAAGGCUUUACUCCAUUUUAUAUAUUGGGAUAAGCUCCCAGACAUGGAAGAAGUUGUGGGUUUGAAUCUGAAAUUGGCUUCCACACUUAUGGCCCAGCAUCUGCUUGCAGCAGCCGAUCAGUAUGGCAUUGAGAGGCUCCGGUUUCUCUGUGAAACUAGACUUUGUGAGGAUGUUGCCAUUAACACUGUAGCCACAACUUUAGCAUUGGCAGAACAGCAUCAUUGUUUCCAGCUCAAAUCUGUUUGCCUGAAAUUUGUUGCGGAGCCUGAAAACCUCAAAGCCGUGAUGCAAAGCGAUGGAUUCGAUUACUUAACACAGAGCUGCCCUUGUGUGAUUACGGAGCUGUUGGAAUAUGUGGCUAGGAUCAGAGAACACUCGGUCACAUCUUACGGACGUGGGACUGGGAACGAUGAUGGCAGUGGCGCAGAUGGGAGGCGUGUUCGACAAAGGAUCUUCUGAUGUUAAUAUGACGAUGUAUGUACCCUUCUUUGCCUUUCAAGUAAAAACCUCAGAUUGUAAUAUAACCUGAUCUGCUACCGCUAUUUCUCCAUCUGCAAUGUUUUUGUAUACCAAAUUUAUCGUAGUAUUUGCGGGUUUCUACUCAUGGGUGUAUCUGAAGAUCGGGUUGCAACCUCCCACUGCACUUUACUUUAACUGGUCUCAAUGGCCUGGAGAAGAUACCUUAACUGGUGGCUUUUGUUUU